AUGAAGUCUGAGAGUAGCGACCGCUGCGCCCUGUGCCCCAAGCGGCGGCGAGCUGUGACAAGCACCUCUAUUAUCUGCGAGGCGUGCCAAAAGUGGUUCCACAUCGACUGCUUGGGUAUCACUAUCGAAGAGACUGAAAAUAUCAACGAGUAUCAUUGUGCCUACUGCGUCGACUUUGUAGGGCCAAGCACCUUCAAACGGACGACGCGUUCGAAAGCACUUGACGCGAGUGGGACAAGGAACUCCAUCGGCACAGCAGCAGCGGCCCACAACAAAUGGAAAUCCAUACUCGACUCUCGCAAGUUCCAAAAUGAGGAUUUCCCGCGUGUCUCGGGGAAGGAUAUCACAGUCCAAUAUCUGAGGGAAACAGGUUUUCGGACACCCAUUUUGAUCAAGCUGGACAAGGAUGGAACGACGAAGGGCCUUGAUAUGGUGAUGCCAAAGACAUCGUGGACCGUGAGCGACGUACGAGACGCCGUGGGCGCAAACGUGGUUGUAAAUGUCAUCGAUGUAGCCACUCAGUCCGAAGCGGAGCAGUGGGACAUGGGAUCGUGGGCAGCGUACUUUAACGGUACAAAAAGGAAUCGGAUUUACAACGUGAUCAGUCUCGAGGUCUCGAAUACACCGCUUUCGAAGCAUAUCAGGACACCACGCAUUGUCAGAGAGCUAGACUGGGUAAAAAACUUUUGGCCAGCCGACCUGAAGCAUGGAGGUCCGCAGGUCAAAAAAAUUUGCUUGAUGAGUGUGAAGGGCUCGUUUACAAAUUUCCACGUCGAUUUCGGAGGAUCGUCGGUCUUUUAUCAUAUCAUUUCAGGAUCCAAGAUAUUCCUCGUUGCAGAACCGACCCCAUUCAACCUCGAAAAAUACAAAGAAUGGUGCAAAGAAAACUCGGCGUCUUUUUUGGGAGAUCAGAUCAAAUGCUACAAGCUGGAACUCCAGCAAGGCGAUACAUUAUUGAUCCCAGCUGGAUGGAUUCAUUGCGUCUAUACCCCAGUUGAUUCCAUCGUGAUUGGUGGCAAUUUUGUGCACUCGCUCCAUAUUCCGAUGCAGCUCCAGAUCGCGAGGAUUGAACAGGUGACCAAUACUCCAUCCAAGUACCGGUUCCCUUUCUUCGAGAAAUUGUGCUGGUUCGUCGUUCUCGGUCAUUAUAUUAUGGAAACAGACAAGUUUUCGGCUCUUUCAAACAUAGAGCUGCAUGGGCUUUUGGAGUUAACUGAUUACUUGUUCCUGCGGCAGCAGCACCUUAAUUCCGGAUUGAAUGUUGGAUCUGAGAAAGCAUCGAUCAAGAAAAGUGUGCCCCCUGCAGCAUACAAGUUCAGGCCCGGCGGGCAGCUGGAACUUUUGAGGCGACUGAAUUCAAAGUUAUGUUCCAUUAUCACGGAGCGCGGCAAAACAGUGAACGAGAAACACCGGUUACUCUCACCAAACGAUUUUUUAGAAGCGCCUCCCGCAUCAGCUCCCAAAGCCAAGGCGAAGAAGGCCCCUGGCCACGAAGCACUCUCAUCAACCGAUGUCGUGCAGUCGUCGUCAUGGUCAAAUCCAGACGGGAAAGGAUUGCCCAGAAAGACUGAGGAGCAAGGCAUGGAGAUUGUGGAGCCUCAUACGAAGAGAAAGCCCACGGAGACGCAGCUGACAGCAGUCUCCAAGCGGAAAAAAUCUACAUAA